AUGGCUCCCACAGCAAAGGUCGCAAAGCCUACGAAGAAGGAUAGUAAACCCAAGCAGAAACCUCUCAUAACUUCUAAGGAGCAAGACUCCGUACCUUCCUCAUCUAAACCUGCAAAAUCGCUAAAGAGGAAGAAGAGUGAAAAUCUGGUUGAAGAUAAUGAUGUAGUUGCGUUGAAAGCUGGCAAAAAGACGAAGAAACUUAAGGCGCCUACUCCGGAACCCGAGCCGUCUGCGGAGGAGGAGGAACAGGAUGUUGCAGCUGAAGAUUCUGGAGAAGACGAUACUCAUCUGCACGGCUUUUCGACGGACGACGACAACUCUUCAGACGAAGAAGACAUAGCGGAGGACGAACCCUCCGCAUUUGACGUUGCUAAGCUACCUACCAUCGCGAAAGACGACGCUACUGUCAAACGCAAGCUAGAGAAAGCUAAAAAAAAUCCGGCGGGGGAUCGAGGCGUUCUCUUUUUGGGCCGUCUGCCUCAUGGUUUUUACGAGGAACAAAUGAAGGCGUAUUUCUCUCAAUUCGGGAAUGUGACGCGACUUCGCGUCUCGCGAAACAAAAAAACAGGAAGGUCGAAACAUUACGGUUUCCUCGAAUUCGAUUCCUCCUCCGUCGCCCAAAUCGUCGCUGACACGAUGGAUAACUAUCUUAUAAUGGGGCACAUUCUCCGGUGUAAAGUAGUACCAAAAGACGAAGUUCACCCUGAGCUCUGGGUAGGCGCGAAUCGGAAAUGGAGAGGGGUACCAACAGAACAAGUGGCUCGAGGAGCUCACAACAAGCCACGCACGGAGGAGGAACAACGUAGGGCUGCGAGGCGACUUCUGAAGCGACAAAAGGAGCGGAAACGCAAGUUGGCAGAGGCAGGUAUCAAAUAUAAUUUGGAGGCCGUCGGCUAUAAAAAAGUUGAGAAUAUAAAGGCCUAA